UUCUGUGUGGGAGCGGCUCGUGCACCGCGCGGCGCAGCAGUCUCUGCCUUUUUUAUUUGAGGCGCGUUUCAUUUUCCAUGGUUUCAUCGGUAGCCACUCGUUUCAGGUAGUUUCAGCCUCCGAGUCUAAUUUUUGCGCGGAUAACAGCUUCACAGCUGACAUGGCGAAGGCUCGGACGCCGGAAGAAAAGGAGGCGUUUUUUACUUAUGUGAGAUACUUGCAGUCUGUUGCUGAAGUGAAAGAGAUGAAGGCAAAAGUACAGAACGCCAAGGAAAGAAAAGCGGCCUUGACACAGGAAUGUAUUGGCACGAUAUACGAAACUCUGACCAAGGCAAAGCAGCUGAAAUGCCAAGCAGUUUUUCUCAAAGAGAUGAAGGCCCGGAAAGGUGAUCUGGAGAACAUGAAUCUGCACGGCAACAUUGGCCAGGUGAUUACAAGUGUAGCCGAACAGAACAAGAAGCACACAGAAGCUGGCUAUGUGGCGAUCAGAACUGUCGAGCCUCUUGAUAAAGAGACCUUGCACUCAAAAAUGAGUGCAUCGAAUGCACAGUCUGAGCGGCACCGCGAGCUGUCCCUUGAUAAGGCACAGAUGAAGAUCAUUCCUGCAGUUCACAGAGGCCUACAGGAUUUGAAAAGGAUUCAAGAACUGAAGAGAGAAAUCGCAGAGGCCUGUGAUAAACUGGAGUUCCUAAAAUCGGUACAGCACCUGCUGGGAGAUGACGCUUCAGACUCUCAGUACAGCAGUGCCGAGGAGCUUGAAGGUUAUGACGUGUCAUCAAGCGAGGACACAAGUGAAGUCAGUCAUUAAGAACCUUUGUAAAUUAAAUGCAUAAUAAAGAUGGUUUAUAUCUGG